GCACAAUUUGCAGUGACAGGCAGUGUCACUUUGCAUUCAUUAUCUCCAGGCAGGAAAACUCUAGGUUCCUAAAAACACAUUCUUGUGUUGACUUUAAUGAAGCAGGCAGCAGUUAAUUUAUCACUGUUCCUGUGAGUGUGACCCGUGCGGAACAUUUUAGCAGUUAGUGAGCUUCCAGGGGUGCUGCAUCUUCCUCUCGUCAGCAUCAACAUCCACACCAUGAUAAUAAGCAUCGCUCUGAUCUGGGCAGUAGUGGUGGGAUUCUGCUGCCUGCUGUGGCUCGCUGUGGGGAUACGGCACAGGCAACCUGGUGAGCCUGCACUUGAGAAUGGCUUCAUCCCUUACCUGGGUUGUGCUCUGCAGUUCGGGUCCAACCCUCUUCAGUUCCUCCGCAGCAGACAGAAGAAGUACGGCCAUAUUUUCACCUGCAAGAUCGCAGGCCAAUACAUCCACUUCCUGUGUGACCCCUUCUCUUACCAUUCAGUCAUCAGACAGGGGAGACACCUGGAUUGGAGGAAGUUCCACUUUGCUACGUCUGUCAAGGCAUUUGGCCACGACAGUUUCGACCCUCGCCAUGGCCACACCACAGAGAACCUUCACCAAACCUUUCUGAAGACCCUGCAGGGUGAGGCUCUGCCCUCCCUGAUAGAGACCAUGAUGGGUCACCUUCAGGACAUCAUGCUGAGGUCAGGCACACUCAGCCCCAGCAAGGACCACUGGGAGGUGGAUGGAAUCUUUGCUUUCUGCUACAAGGUGAUGUUUGAGUCUGGCUACCUGACUCUGUUUGGUAAAGAUCUUGGUGAAGACAAGUGUCAGGCCCGGCAGGAGGCUGAGAAAGCCUUGGUGCUCAACGCUUUGGAGAACUUCAAAGAGUUUGACAAGAUCUUCCCAGCAUUGGUGGCUGGCCUGCCCAUCCAUGUCUUCAAGAGUGCCUACAGUGCCCGAGAGAACCUGGCAAAAACCAUGCAUGCUGAAAAGCUGUCCAAGAGGGAGAACGUGUCCGAUCUGAUCUCUAUGAGAAUGAUCCUGAAUGAUUCUUUAUCUACCUUCAAUGACUUGAGCAAGGCCAGGACCCACGUUGCUUUGCUUUGGGCUUCACAGGCUAACACCCUGCCUGCCACCUUCUGGAGUCUCUUUUACAUGAUCAGGAGUCCAGAUGCUAUGAAGGCAGCUCGUGCAGAAGUGCAGAAAAUUCUGAAGGAUUCAGGUUUGACAAUUGACCCCAGUGACCCCAAAUUGAACCUCACCAGGGACCAGCUGGACAACAUGCAUGUUCUAGACAGCAUCAUGAAAGAAGCCAUGCGUCUUUCCAGUGCUUCCAUGAACGUGCGUGUUGCCAAGGAGGACUUCCUGCUUCACCUUGACAACCAAGAAGCUUACCGUAUUAGGAAAGAUGAUGUCAUUGCCUUGUAUCCACCCAUGCUGCACUACGAUCCAGAAAUCUACGAGGAUCCCUAUGAGUACAAGUUUGACCGUUUCCUGGAUGAGAAGGGUCAGGAGAAGCUCACCUUCCACCGCAACGGUCGGCGACUGCGUUACUUCAACAUGCCCUUCGGCUCUGGGGUCACGAAAUGCCCCGGCAGAUUCUUUGCUGUGUACGAGAUCAAGCAGUUCCUCUUUCUGGUGCUGUGCUACUUUGACAUGGAACUAUUGGACCCUGCUAUCAGAGUCCCGCCUCUUGACCAAUCCCGUGCUGGUCUGGGAAUCCUCCAGCCUACCUAUGAUGUAGAUUUCAAGUACAAGCUGAGAUCGAAUCACUAGGCUCUUUGUCAGGCAGAGAGAUUGAAUUACACAUUGUAUAUAGUGUAUAUUUAACAGCGUCAGUGAAGUGCUGCUUAUGUAAAUAGACUGAAUUAUGUAUUUUUGUUUCUUUGAUUUGCUGCUAAAGAACAAGUAUUCUGCACUUAUGGGUGGAGCCCCUAAAAAUUAUAUAUAUAUAUAUAUAUAUAUAUAUAUAUAAAAGUAUAUCAGGUAUUAUUGUCUCAGUUGGACCAUGACCAGUAGCAUUUUCAAUACAUGUGGACAGACAGAGUUGAGCCACAAAAAUGUAUUAAAUAAACUUUUUUUUUUUUGCAUGUCAGGCCCAUUUACCCAAAUCAAAAUUAAAUGUUUUUACCUUGCAGGCCGCCAUUGGUUUUAAUACAUUUCAGAAUGCCAACGGGGAGUCCUUAAAUCAAUCUGCAAUCACCCUUACGUACCAAAAACAAACAAGGAAAUGCACCAAAAAUAGUGCUCAAAAAUUAUUCAUCAUCAUCGAUCUGCUUAAAAGGCCAUCAGUAAGCAUGAAUUGGCUCAACAUGCAAAAAAAGAAGCUGCUCCUGUGUUACUGGAAGUUCACAUUUUAAACAAUUUUGAAAAUACUACCAAUUCAAUGCGUGUUAGCACUGACUAUUGCCAACAGUCAGCAGUGAAACCUGGUCUUUUGUCAUUCCAUGUAUUAACUUCAUAGCAUGCAGGAAGAUCUGUGUGAACACAUUCUGCUUUAUGCCCAUGUUUGGUACUUUGUCAUUUCACGUCAGCAUGUGCAGCAUGACCAAACUCUUGUUCAAUGAAAGCACUGUUGUAAUCAGUAUCAUUUACUGACUUAACCUUGGAGUAUUAGAUAGAGCUUCCGCCAGCCUUGGAGUUUGCUCUGUCUGGCUGUCUGAAAUGCUGCUGUCAUUGAAGACGUGUCAGUGUCGUUGGCCAAUGCUUACCUUUAUAUGCCCUUGUCAUCUACCCUCUUAGUAUAAUUAUUGCAAGCCAUGCUGCAUAACAAGAAGAUAAGUAGUAGUUUGUUUAGUGAGCAUAGAGUACACCUACAAAGAGAUAGAGCAGAGCCACAGAAUCGGAAACCUAUAAGUUUGUAGUUAAGGUGCACUUAAAGAAUGAAGAAACGCUCAUUUGCACAAGUCAGUGUGAUAUUUCUGCUGCAUAGCCGGCGAUACAGUGUCUCUAAUGAAGGUGUUUGCUAACUCAACACGUGUCCAGUUUUCAAAGCGCACUCUUGACUUUUUCAUACUGUGAUUUACAUAAUCACUGCACAUGUUAGUAACCAGUAAUCAGCCCACAUCUGCACGGACUGAAUUUGCAUUUAUCAGGUUCAGCCAGUGCACUGAGAAGGAAUGUUCAGUUAUUGAAAGAACUGUUUUCACAUGAAAACCAAAUAACAUUUGUAAGCAUUUACCUGAAAUGAUACGUUAACGUGCUCUGCGAGCAGAGUAAACGUGAUGAACCUGGAAGCAAGGUUGCAAACACGCACAGCUGUUUUACUCUGAUUCCCUGACAAUCUGAAGGGUUUUUCCUGAACAAAAGUGCAACCCACGUGCAUGUGUCGAUGGGUGCACACUGUACAAACUGAUAAUAAAUCAAUACAUUUGUACACUUG